GCAGUGUCCUUGUCUUCGAAGUCUGGUCUUUCCCGCGGCCGGAAGGUGAUGCUGUCAGCGCUGGGCAUGCUGGCGGCAGGGGGUGCAGGGCUGGCUGUGGCUCUCCAUUCUGCUGUGAGUGCCAGUGAUCUGGAGCUGCACCCCCCCAGCUAUCCAUGGUCUCACCGUGGCCUCCUCUCCUCCUUGGACCACACCAGCAUCCGGAGGGGCUUCCAGGUAUAUAAGCAGGUGUGCUCUUCCUGCCACAGCAUGGACUACGUGGCUUACCGCCACCUCGUGGGCGUGUGCUACACCGAGGAAGAAGCUAAGGCGUUAGCUGAGGAGGUGGAGGUCCAGGAUGGCCCCAAUGAAGAUGGGGAGAUGUUCAUGCGACCAGGAAAGCUGUCUGAUUACUUCCCUAAACCAUACCCAAAUCCUGAGGCCGCCAGAGCUGCCAACAAUGGAGCCUUACCCCCUGAUCUCAGCUACAUCGUGCGAGCUAGGCACGGUGGUGAAGACUAUGUCUUCUCCUUGCUCACGGGCUACUGCGAGCCACCCACUGGGGUGUCCUUGCGAGAAGGCCUCUAUUUCAACCCCUACUUCCCUGGCCAGGCCAUUGGUAUGGCCCCUCCCAUUUACACUGAUGUCUUGGAGUUUGAUGAUGGCACCCCAGCUACCAUGUCCCAGGUAGCUAAGGAUGUGUGCACCUUCCUGCGCUGGGCAUCUGAGCCAGAACAUGAUCAUCGCAAACGGAUGGGGCUCAAGAUGUUGAUGAUGAUGGGCUUGCUGCUGCCGCUGAUCUACGCAAUGAAACGGCAUAAGUGGUCUGUCCUGAAGAGUCGAAAGCUGGCAUAUCGGCCUCCUAAAUGAUCCUGUCCAACAUUCUGUUUGCCAUCUUGCCUGAACAGGCCCUCAAGCCCAGGAGCCAUCCCAGGCCUCGGGUGGCCCCCUCUGCCGAGCCUGUCUUUAUGUGGGUCAAGGGGAGAGGGCAGGAGAUCUGCCUCUUGCUCCAGACCUUCUUUCAGCCCUCAACUUGGGAAUAAAUUAAAUUGUUCAACAUACA